UUCAAGAAAUUCGGUCGAUAGUGGCAACCAGCCAACCAUCUGUGUUAUUUCCAAUUUCAAUACUGCCAAGUGCCCAAGAGAUGGCUAAAUUCUGGGCCAUAACGCUCAUAUGGGCCAUAUCGCUACUCCUAGGAGUUCUGGCCUCCGGCGAAAGCCUGGGAAGUGAAGCGGCUGGAAAGAUAGAGCCCAAGAUCGUGGGCGGAUAUGAUACGACCAUAGAACAGGUGCCGUACCAGGUGUCCAUACGCCUCACCGCCAACGACAGGAAGAGCUAUGGAUCCGGUCACCUGUGCGGCGGAGUGGUCAUCUCCCAGCGUUUGGUGGCCACCGCCGCCCACUGCUGUUACAUCGCCGAAAAGAAGAAGUACCGCACUGCUGGCGAAUUCGUCCUGGUCAUGGGCAGCACCUACCUGACGAGCUCCACCAAUCGCACUUUGAUGUACUACCUGCAGCAGCUGAUCACGCACGAGUAUUAUAAUCCGGAUGCGCUGACCAACGACAUUGCUCUGAUGUUCAUCAACGGCUACAUACCCUGGAAUUGGCCAACGGUGAAGGCCCUGGCACUGAACAGCCAACUCGUGGCCACCAACACCGACUGCCUGAUCUCCGGAUGGGGUCUGCUCCAGCAGAGCGGAACGUAUAGUAGCAAUACGCUGCAGGCCGCCACGGUGCCCAUAGUGUCCUAUACCACCUGUCGCAUCUCGUACGCUACGAUUCCGGUUUCGCAGGUGUGCGCCGGCUAUUGGAGUGGCGGAGUGGACGCGUGCCAGGGCGACUCCGGCGGACCCAUGAGCUGCAACGGAAUGUUGACCGGCAUCGUUUCGUACGGCGCUGGAUGCGCAGCACCUGGCUAUCCGGGUGUCUACACCAAUGUGUCGUACUAUCACGACUGGAUUGUUCAGAAGAACAACUCCCUCAACUAUACGAUCUAUCAUAACGGAGGAGUGCCACAGGGAUCAGGUUGGUCGUAUCUCUGGAUUCUUCCGCUCAUUGUGGCCUUCUUCCUGGAACGCAUUGGCCUACCGACGGCGCACACAGCCUCGCCCUUUGUGAUCCUGCCGAAGAUCGUGGGCGGCUACACGGUGACCAUUGAGCAGGUGCCCUUCCAGGUGUCCGUGCGCCGGCGCUCGAUCCACGAGCGGCACUACGGCAUGGGUCACGUGUGCGGCGGAGCGGUCAUCUCCCAGCGGGUCGUCUGUUCGGCGGCACAUUGCUACGCCAUAAAUACCACGGUGCCACUGGUCUAUCGUGAUCCCGAGCUAUAUGUGGUUGUGGCCGGCAGCAGCGCCAUCGAUCGGACGGACCGCUUCACCCAGGAGUACCUGGUGCAGCGCAUCAUUGGCCACAAGGGCUACAACGGCAGCACGCUGGAGAACGACAUCGCCCUGCUCUUUCUCAACGGAUUCAUUCCCUGGGAGUCGCAUGGGGUGCGGGCCAUACCACUGGCCACACAAGCACCCGAAGAGGGCACCACCUGCCUCAUCCACGGCUGGGGCAAGGUCACCAUGAAGGACAAAUCGGCUGCGCUGCAGCAAGCACCAGUGCCGAUCCUCAACCGGGAGCUCUGCCAGGUGAUCUACAAGCUGCCCGCCUCCCAGAUGUGCGCCGGAUUCCUGCAGGGCGGCAUCGAUGCCUGCCAGGGCGACUCCGGCGGGCCGCUGAUCUGCGAUGGCCGCCUGGCCGGGAUUAUAUCAUGGGGCGUGGGCUGUGCGGAUCCCGGCUAUCCGGGUGUCUACACCAAUGUGUCGCACUUCCUCCAUUGGAUACGGGGGGCCAACGCUUCGCUGGACUACUCCGAGUACCGGCAAAUGCCGCUGCUGAAUCUGGCCAGCCGUCGAUGUCGAUCUGUAUCUUUGGGUUCCUUCGAGGGUAUUGGUGCGGCGACACGUACACGCUUGGAUACGAAGGCCAUCCGUUCGAGAUUCAGCGAGGAUCCCGGCAGGAUUAUCAAUGGAACGGAGGCCUCGCUGGGCGCCACCAGGCACCAGGUGGGCAUUCGCAAGGCCCUCAACGAUGGCUACUUCUUUGGAACGGGACACCUCUGCGGAGGAUCUCUCAUCCGGCCGGGCUGGGUGCUCACCGCCGCCCAUUGCUUCGUGGAUCAGGUUAUUUACGACGGCACCUUCGUGCCCAAGGAGGAGUUCAUCGUGGUGAUGGGCAACCUGGAUCGCUACAAUCGCACCAACACGCUGACCUUCACGAUCGAUGAGCGCAUCAUGCAGCUGGAUAUCUUCGACCUGUCCACCUACGACAAGGACAUCGCCCUGCUGAAGCUGAAUGCAACGGUGCCCACUGGUCAUCCGACCAUUCGUCCGAUUGCCCUCACUCGGUUUGCCAUCGCGGAGGGCGUCGUCUGCCAGGUGACGGGAUGGGGCAAUCGGGAGGAUGGCUAUGUCUCCGACAUCCUGAUGACCGUCGAUGUGCCGAUGAUCAGCGAGGAGCAGUGCAUCAAUGACAGCGACCUGGGCCACCUGAUUAAGCCGGGCAUGAUAUGCGCCGGCUAUCUGGAGGUGGGCGAGAAGGAUGCCUGCUCGGGCGAUUCCGGCGGACCAUUGGUCUGCCAAAGUGAGUUGGCCGGCGUGGUUUCCUGGGGCAUCAAGUGCGCCCUGCCCAAGUUGCCGGGUGUGUACACAGAGGUGUCCUACUACUACGACUGGAUACUCACGAAUAUGGGCGAGGAUGCGAACGGCGAAGGCAGUGGUGAAGGAAGUGGUGACAAUGGAAGUGGCGAAGGAAGUGGUGACAACGGAAGUGGUGAGGGAAGCGGUGAAGGAAGUGGUGAAGAUGGAAGUGGUGGUGGUGAUGGUGCCAUGGCCGCCAUGGCCGGAACUCUGACCCUUCUUCUGCCCGGAAUCCUCGCUCUGCGGCUAAUGGCUACGCAAUUUUAGAAACAUUUGAAUAAAACUAUUUAACCUAAGUAUUAAAUAUGCGUUUUAAAAUAAAAUUUUUAAAUUAUAAUAUAUAUAAUAUAUAUUAUUAUAAUAUAUAGUAAUUCAAUUUGUAUUUCAAUGAAAA